GUAAAAAAGUUACUGUUCCCCGUCCAGUUCCAUCUGAACCAGCAAAAGUGAAUAAGGAUGCUAUUUAUGGCUCAGUUAUUGGGGUCCUCGCCUUUAUGUUCGCUGUUGCUAUUAUUUUCAUUGCCUGGAAGCGCCACAAACGUGAAAAAGAUGAUCGACUUAAUACAGUCCUUAAAGAGUCACAUAGGCCUCACAUUAACGAGGCAAUUGAACUGGAAAGUAGCGAUGGGAACCUUAGCACCGUGGUGCAUCAUGGUCGCGGAAAUUACAUGGAACUGAAUGAAGUUAGAUCACUUAAUGAACCUGCCACGGACCCAGCGCGAAGUUAUUUAGAAAUAAACGAAUACGCUCCCCUGCAUCCAGGAACGCGCUCAUGGGAAGUGGAAAGAGAAAAUGUAACGAUUGAAAAGGUUAUUGGAAAAGGUGCCUUUGGUCAAGUCGCCCAGGGAAAAGCUUCAAACCUUCGAGGAAGAGAGGAGACAAUUACAGUUGCCAUAAAAAUGCUGAAAGGUAACGCCACAGACACAGAGAGGAAAGACUUGCUGUCAGAGCUUGAAGUCCUGAAGAAACUCAAGCCUCAUCCACACGUUAUCAAGUUACAGGGUUGCGUAACUGAAUCAGAUCCUUUGCUUGUACUUAUCGAAUAUGUCCCGUAUGGAGAUCUCCUG